AUGAAUCGACCAUUGUCCUGUCGGCCCAAUGUCGUCUUCAUCCUUACCGACGACCAGGACCUGCACAUGGACUCGCUUGACUAUAUGCCCCUGCUCAAGAAGCACAUGAGAGAUCAAGGCACAUUCUACAAACGCCACUUCACCACGACGGCCAUCUGCUGCCCAGCCCGUGUGACUCUCUGGACAGGCAAAGCGGCUCACAACACGAAUGUGACUGAUCUCGCUGCCCCCUACGGUGGUUACCCCAAAUUCGUCGAGGAAGGCCUGAACGAGAACUACCUGCCGAUCUGGCUCCAGUCGGAGGGCUACAACACCUACUAUGCCGGCAAGCUGUUCAAUGCGCACACUGUCAACAACUAUGACCAGCCAUUUGUCAAGGGCUGGAACGAGUCUGACUUCCUCCUGGACCCAUAUGUCUACAUGUACCUCAAUUCAACGUUCCAGCGCAACAGGGAGGCCCCCGUGAGCCACGAGGGCGAGUACGUCACGGAUGUGCUCGCAGCCAAGACGCAGGGCUUUCUCGAGUCGGCACUUGAGGCCGAGAACGAGCGCCCGUUCUUCCUCGCGGUAGCCCCCAACGCGCCGCACAGCAAUGUCGACGCCAGCUUCGCCAAAAUUAACUUUACGGACGUUCCGCGCAACUGGUCGUUUAAGCUGACCACCCCAGUCCCCGCCGCGCGACACGCACACCUCUUUGCCGACGCCAUCGUGCCCCGGCGGGCCAACUUCAACCCGGAGCGCGCGUCUGGAGCCAACUGGGUGCGCCAGCAGCCGCGUCUGAGCGAUGACAACGUUGCGUGGAACGACGACUUUUACCGCAACCGACUGCGGGCACUCCAGGCAGUGGAUGAGCUCAUCGACGACGUCUUUGCGCGCCUCGAGGCGGCCGGCGUGCGGGACCACACAUAUGUCGUCUUCACGACCGACAACGGCUUCCACAUCAGCCAGCACCGCCUCCAGCCGGGCAAGGAGUGCAGCUUCGAGGAGGACAUCAACAUCCCCCUGAUCAUCCGGGGCCCGGGCAUUCCCAAGGGCGCUGUCUCCGAGGCCGUGACGACCCACUCAGACCUCGCGCCGACCAUCCUCUCGAUAAUCGGCGCCCCCCUGCGGGCCGACUUUGACGGCAUCGUGGUGCCCCUGACGCAGAAGCAACAGGAGGCCGCCGUCCAGACCCGGCACGAGCACGUCGCCGUCGAGUUCUGGGGCAUGGCCGGCUCCGAGGGCAAGGCCCGGCCUACUUCCUGCGCAACAACACGUACCAAGGCCAUCCGCGUCAUCGGCCCGCGCUACAACCUGCACUACGUCGUCUGGUGCAACAACGAGCACGAGCUCUACGACCUCCAGGCCGACCCUCACCAGGUGACCAACCUGCUCCACCCCGACGAGGCGGCGUCCCGGCCAGCCACCCUCCUCGGCCACCCGCUCGACUCGGUCGUGGCGCGCCUCGACGCGCUGCUCCUGGUGGCCAAGUCGUGCAAGGGCCGGACCUGCACGCAGCCCUGGCACGCUCUGCACCCGCAGGGCGACGUCGGCACCCUCCACGAGGCCCUCGCGCCCCAGUUCGACGCCUUUUACCUGAAGCAACAGCCGCGCGUGCGCUUCGAGUGGUGUGCGCCGGCCCAGCUGCUAGCCGCGGAGGGUCCGCAGUUUGAAAAGGACGGCGUGGCGUUCUGGAACAGUGACUGGAGUCUGUGGACGUGA